AUGGCUCACACUCAGCCGUCACCCACGGGAGGCGUCACUCCUCACCAUGGUCAUCUUGCCGCCCAUCCGCAAGUCAAUGGUCACAUCCCUUUGCAGUCGCAAGGCCAGAAGGGUCCUCCCAUGAGCACUGCCCAAAAAAUUGCUGCGCUAAACGAACAGGUUUGGCUUCAAAUUGGUGGCCUGACCGAGUUGAUGGGUGACCUUGAAGGUGCAAUGAAUGCAUACGAACAGGCCUUGCGACACAAUCAAUGGUCGAUCCCUGCCAUGAACGCGAUAUCAUGUAUCCUACGUACCAAGGAACAAUUUCCGAAGGCGAUUGAAUAUCUUCAAAAUAUUCUGAAGCUGGAUCCGGCCAGUGGGGAAACAUGGGGAAGCUUGGGACAUUGCCAUCUCAUGAUGGACAACUUGCAAGAGGCAUAUACCUCUUACCAACAAGCGCUCUAUCAUCUGCGUGACCCUAAGGAACCUAAGUUGUGGUAUGGCAUCGGUAUCCUUUACGAUCGUUAUGGCUCUCUUGAUCACGCCGAAGAAGCCUUCUCUCAGGUUAUGAGAAUGGCUCCCGAUUUCGAGAAGGCCAAUGAGAUCUACUUUAGAUUGGGAAUUAUUUACAAGCAGCAGCAGAAGUUCAGUCAGAGUUUGGAGUGCUUCAAAUAUAUCGUCACCGACCCUCCCAGGCCUCUCACGGAGGAAGACAUUUGGUUCCAAAUCGGCCACGUCCACGAGCAACAGAAAGACUUUGAUUCUGCGCAACAAGCUUAUAGACGUGUUCUCGACCGUGAUCCCAAUCACGCAAAGGUCCUACAGCAGCUUGGGUGGCUGUAUCACCAACAGAGCAACAGCUAUGCCAGCCAAGAAAAGGCAAUUGAGUACCUCGAGAAAUCGGUUAGCGCAGAUAACAGCGACGCGCAGAGUUGGUACCUACUUGGUCGAUGCUACAUGUCGCAAGCCAAGUAUCCUAAGGCAUAUGAAGCUUAUCAACAGGCUGUCUAUCGGGAUGGUCGGAACCCAACUUUCUGGUGUUCAAUUGGUGUGCUUUAUUACCAAAUCAAUCAGUACCGUGAUGCGUUGGAUGCCUACUCGCGUGCUAUUCGCUUGAAUCCUUACAUCUCGGAGGUUUGGUAUGACUUGGGAACUUUGUACGAGUCUUGCAACAACCAAAUUGCGGAUGCUCUUGAUGCGUAUGGUCGUGCUGCCGAUUUGGACCCAACUAAUGUCCACAUCAAAGCACGUCUGCAGCUUCUUCAGAGUCAAUUGUCGGGCAGCACUCAGAACAAUGCUCCGGCUCCUCAACCUCAGGAUGUUCAUCCCCAGGCUUACCAGCCCGCUGGCGUCGGUGGCCCCCCGGCUCCUCAAUGGGGAGCGCCAGCACCGACUGGAGGCCCUCCUCCCCAGCCUCCUGCUCCUCCAAGGCAGAUCGCUGAUUGGAAUCGUGGCAUCAACGAACUCCAGUCCCAGGCUCAGGCCCAGGCUGCUAAUGGGUUCGACCACCGUGAUGCAGUUCGAGCGCCUGCAGCCUUGCAGCAACCCAGCCCACGUCAGGAGCCAGGAAGGGGCUUCCCCGAGGCCCUCCGUACUCAGCCAACCACGGCCCGGUCUCCCAAGACUGCACUCACCGGUCCGGGUGUCUACGCCCCUGCGCAUGCACUUCCUCAGCUUGCGAACCCGCCUGCGCCAUCUCACGAACGCGCCCCUAGCGGUCCUGGUGGUUUCCCCUCUGGUACUCGAGGACAGUUACCUCCCGCUCCCACAGGACCUCCUCCUGCUGCUGGUGCGCCUAAUGGUGCUCCCACUCCUGGCGGCCCUCUGCCUCCUUAUCAUCGACCAUUCACCCCACCGGCAGAGAUCCGGCCCAUCCGUGAUGAGCGCCCCUCGUCCCCUGGGUCCACAUACCCACACCAGCAAUAUCAUCAUGGGCCUAGCGUGCCGGUACAGGGAUCUAGCAGCACUGGAAUUGCAGGUGGUGCACCCCCACCUCCCUCUGCCAUCACCGCUGCCGAGGCCGCUGCCCGCGAACGUGAAGACCGUCCCGCCUCCGCAAUGAAGCGUGGUCGCGAGUGGGAAUCAGACUCCGCCCCCGUGAAGAAGAUUGCAAAUGAAGAAAGUCGUGCCCGCCUCGACGAACAGAUUUCUCGCCGUGUCACUCCCCCAAACCGCAUGCCUUCCCCUGGCGAGAUGCAGCGCCGUAGCUCGUCUGAGGCUCGACGGGAGGACCAACGUCGUAUCAAUGAAAGCUAUCAUCCCUCCGAGGCCGCCCAUCACCCUCCAACACUGCCAUCCAUUCAGCACAUGCCCCAGCAUGCCUCUGGCUCUGGCCUUCCACCAAUGGCUGAGAGUGUUGCUCCCGCUGCCAACGGACCUCAGCCUGGACCCUCCGCCCCUGUACAAGUUAAAGAGGAACCUGCGCGCGGCGAGCAAGCGCCUGCACAUGAGCCCGCUGCACGUAAGAUGGACGUGGAUGAGAACUACGAUGACGACGGCGAUGACGAGAAAAGGACCAGUGCUGCUGUAAAGGGCAGCCCUUCUACCAGUGGGUCAGUCAAUCCUAAUAAUGCCAAUGGCAGUCAGACUUCUCAAACGAAACUGGAGUCUACUGCCUAA